AUCCAGGAAUGUUGCCUGAUCUGGUUCAAAGAUCUCUCUUGCAAACCAGCCACACAGACAGAGAUACCAUAGGAGAACAGAGUAGAGUGUACAUUGAUAUAUAAACUGGGAGAGCCUUAUUAAGUUUGGACCAGAAUCGUACAAGCGACUUGAUGAUUGGAAAAAAAUAUUCUGCAACAGAUAAUUCACUGAAGCAGGCUGUAUAGAUUAACAAUGCGAUCAUAUCUGGUUACUUCUCCUGGAAGGUGGAGUAGUCAUAGCACAAUAACAUUCGUUCUCCAUUCUUUUCGUUGGAAACAGUGUUUCAACAUAAAAGAAAAAUAUAAUUAUAUUUGGUGCAGAAACUGGACUGACCGA